UGGUCAUUAACGCAAGCAUGUCGUCAUCCUCCGAUGAAGAACUAGUCGUGCGGAAUCCCUACACUGCGAUUGCAGUUGAUGAACGACGUAGCAGUCGGAGGUCAUGUUUAUCACGUGAACAAGAGUCAAAAAAUCGAGCGCUAGAAGAAAUGAAGCGAGCACGGGACACCGGUAGCGUACAUCGAGUAGAUGUAGCGAAUUUGAUAAAACCUGUGUAUGAGGAAGUGGAUGAAGAGGAAUAUAUGAAAAUUGUACGAGAACGGCAGAAGGACGAUUUUGUGGUUGAUGAUGAUGGUAGUGGCUAUGUUGAUCAUGGUGUUGAUUUUUUCGACGAAGAACAACACAUUAGGACAAGUAAAGCAAAAAAGCCGAAGAAGGAAAAAGAUAAAUCGAAGCGGAAAGCGAUUGACGAUUUUUUUCAUGGUUUAAACACAAAAAAAGUAAAAAAAGAGAAUGCAGUGACUGUGGUUGAUGACCCUGAUGUAGAAGCAUUACUUAAUGAAUGUGAUUUGUCGGGCAUUUUGAAAAAAAAUGCAUUUGAGAAAGUGUCUGGUUCCAAAACCGACAAUGUGUCGUUAAUUAGGAACCAAUAUCUGAAGGAUCCGGAAACAGUAUCAAAGCAGACGAAAGUGAAAGAGAUUAGCGAUUACAGGGAACGUUUGAAUAUGACUGCACGGAUGCCAGCGGUAAUUGAUGCAAUAAAUUUAACGAAUUUGGAAUCUACAUCUCAAGAAAACGUUGAAAAGAAGUCCGCAUAUGAAUCUACACGUGCAGAGAGUUUUGUGGAUGUGCAUUCUGUUAUAAAUAAAUACUCCGACAACUGUGUCAUGAAAGUUGUACAGCCAGCAACAUCUUUCAUUUGGGCUGAUAGCGAGUUUAAGAAGGAGACACAAGAUGAACAACCUAUAAAAGAUAGUGUUGCUGCUACAUGUGGUUCUUUUAUGCGUACAAAUUCAGAGGGAGAAUCAGUGUUGCGAUUUUACUGGCUUGAUGCGUUCGAAGAUCCUGUUAAAAUACCAGGAACCGUUUUUCUUUUUGGUCGUUUGAUCAACGAUGGUAUUUCCGAAAGUUGCUGCGUGGUUGUCAAAAAUAUAUGGCGAAAAGUUUUUUUUUUACCUCGUGAAAAGCACUUAGUGGAUGAAGUACAAACCGAUGAAGUGGAUUUAAUGCAAGUCAAUGAAGAAGUCCAACAAAUACUCAGAUCGAUGGGCGUUAAAGUUGUCAAAUGCAGGCCAUGUGAAAAAAAAUUUGCAUACAACGAUGGAGUCGUGCCUCAGAGUGCUCAAGUGCUUGAAGUGCUUUAUAGUUUUAAUGAUCAGCGAUUGUCAAUGGAUCUCAGUGGAGAAACAUUUAGUCAUGUUUUUAAUACAACUGCUAAUGCCAUGGAAAGAUUGUUGGUUGAAACGGGCAUGAAAGGACCAUCGUGGAUAGAAAUUUCUGGCUGCUAUGUCUCUUCUGUUCAAGUAAGUUAUGUCAAACAUGAAUUUGUGGUUGAUAUGGAACGAAUGAAGUCGGUUUUCGUAGUUGAUUGCUCAGACCCACCGCCUGAAAUAAAUUUAUUGACGAUGAAUGUAAUCACUGCCGUCAACCAUAAGAAGGAAAGCGAGAUUGUCUCAAUUUCCUGUAUAUUUGACCGAAAAUGUACAAUUACAAAUCCAACUUUAAACAGAAAUUUUUUGGAACGCUUCUGCAUUAUUACAAAACCAACCCUUUCUGCAUAUCCGUUUGAUUUUAAAAUAAAUUUGAAGCAAAUGGGAAUGGACACUGUUGUUUACGAAACAGCGAAUGAGCGUCAUUUGCUUAAUCAUUUCUUGUGUAAAUUGCAAAAUUUGGAUCCCGAUGCAUAUGCGGGGCACGAUUUAGCGGCUCAACUUGCUAUAUUAUCAUCACGUCUAGAAAAACUCGGUAUCACUCAUUGGUCACGUCUGGGUCGUUUGAAGCGCUCAAUUACAGUUAGACAAGCAGCUCAUAUGAAAACUUCACAAUGGGAGCUAACAGCUGGACGUUUAGUUCUAGAUAGCAGAUUAUCAGCUAUGGAGCUGGUGAGAAUGCGAAGCUAUGACCUCUCUGAUCUAUCAUCUGAUUUACUUGGAAUAAAUGAUCAUUUUGCAGUGAAACAAGAUAUCUCAGCAUAUUUUGCGAAUUCAGCGCAACUGAUUAGAUUUAUACACAAUACUUGGAUGGAUGCUUGGUUAUCCCUUGCUAUUAUUGUCGAGCUCAAUGCUUUGCCGUUAUUUAUUCAAAUUACAAAAAUUGUGGGUGGUGUAUUGUCGAGAACAAUGUUGGGUGGACAAGCGGAACGAAACGAAUAUUUAUUAUUGCAUGCAUUCAACAAAGCUGGUUAUGUGGCACCAAAUAAGUAUCAACCAGAUUUCAAGAAAAGGAAACAAUCUGAAUUGGAAAGCACCAGAAUUGUUGACAAUCAUCCGAAAGAUCAUAAUAAAAUGCUGCAUAAUCGCAAAGGGCAGUAUGCGGGUGGUUUAGUACUGGACCCGAAAAUAGGCUUAUACGACACAUUUAUAUUAUUAUUGGAUUUCAAUAGUUUGUAUCCAAGUAUCAUUCAGGAAUAUAACAUUUGUUUUACAACUGUUGAUAUGUCCAAAAAGGAUAAAGAUGAAAUGCCAGAAUUGCCGAGUGAUACAAAUGAAGGCAUACUUCCUCGAGAAAUUCGAUCUUUAGUGGAAAGGAGACGUGAUGUAAAAAAGAUUAUGAAAUCCGAAAAGCUUACACAGCAACAAAGGCAGCAGUAUGAUAUUCGUCAAAUGGGGUUAAAGCUAACAGCUAACAGCAUGUAUGGAUGUCUCGGAUUCCAACAAUCCCGUUUUUACGCGAAACCACUGGCUGCACUAAUAACAGCUCAAGGACGUGAAAUUCUUAUGCACACGAAGGACUUGAUCGAAAAGAGCGGUUAUUCUGUUAUUUAUGGUGAUACUGAUUCGGUGAUGAUUAAUACUGGAUUCUCGGAACGGUCGAAACUGCACCAUAUCAAAAAAACUAUAAACCAGUCUUAUAAAAAAUUGGAAAUUGAUAUCGAUGGUAUAUUUAUCAAAUUAUUAUUACUGAAAAAGAAAAAGUAUGCUGGUUUAGCUGUCGAUCUCAAUGAUGAGCAGAAAACAAAACGUGAAAUUAAGGGUCUGGACAUUGUUCGUCGCGAUUAUUCGAUCAUUGUAAAAGAGAUUGGAAAUGAAAUAUUGGAUAUAAUCCUGUCGGUGCAAUCACAAAAUCGUGAUGAAAUCAUUGAACAGAUUCACAGUCAUCUCCGAAAAUUGAAAGAUGACAUAACACAAGAACUGCUGGAAAUGUCAAUAUUUCAGAUUUUUAAGCAGCUAACUCGGAAACCCGAUGAGUAUGCAAAUAUCAGUGUUCAGCCUCAUGCGGCUGUUGCUCAGCGUCUGAAUGCGACCGGGAAAUUCAAUUUUCAUCGGGGUGAUACGGUUGGCUAUAUAAUUUGCGAGGAUGGUAGUGGUAAAUCGGCUGCUCAGCGUGCUUAUCAUUUAACAGAAGUUCAGGAAAACAAGAAUCUUAGAGUCGAUUAUCACUAUUAUCUUGCGCAGCAGAUUCUUCCAGUUGUAAGCAGGCUGUGUGUUCCAAUCGAAGAAUGUAGUGAAGCCUGGAUAGCUGAAGCAUUGGGUCUGGAUAGUUUGGCAUAUCGGAAACAUGUUAUAUAUGAGGAAAAUGUGAGUAGGGAAGAAGAGUCCCUGUGUUUUCCACAUUAUAAUUUUGAAAGUUGUGAAUCGUUCAAGUUCGUGUGUCCAAACCACGGCUGUGGACAUGUGUUUCUUAUUCGUGAAUGCGUAAUACAAGAUGACAGCGAUGGACAAAAACUAUGGUUGAGCGAGUGUUCCAUUUGUCACAGUUCUUUAUUAUAUUUUGGUGCAUAUUUAUAUAACCAGUUGCAAUUAACUCUUGACAAAAUUUCAUAUGUAUGUGAUGAUAUUGGUUGUGCAUAUCGUACGCGCACAUUAGUUUUGGCAUGGACAAGAGAAGGUGUUCAAUGUCCUAAGUGCAAAAGUGGAUUUAUGAGAAGGGAGUAUUCAUCAAAAAGGCUUUAUGAACAGUUGAUUUUCUAUCAAAAAUUGUUUGAUGUGACGAAGGCGAUGGAUAACUUUACAGAAGAACAGAGAAUGAAAUUACGAUGCUGGAAUGGUUGGAAGGAAGCUAGUGCUGUGCUCGCUGGACUACUCUCAUUAUGCGAUCAGUAUAUUGCUGACAAUCGAUACAAUUGUGUAUCACUUUCAUACUUGUUUUCUACUAUGAGGUCAGAGUUACCAGUGUAA